AAAGAAUAGUGAUAGGAAGCAGAUGAAACAUCACCACUGAAAAGAAGGAAAAAAUUAAAAAAGAAGCUCACCACUUAUGUGGAAAAAAAAAAAGUGAUGCCUUAGAAUAAAAAGCCAUAGGAGCUUUGGCCAAAAACGCGAUCUAUCGAAACCCCUCCCGAAUAUUACUAUACACUUCUCUUAGAUCUCAAUAGCAAUCCCAAGAACCCAAAUCCUUUGUUCUCAGAUCUCACCAACUUUACAUCAAAAGCUGCUGCUUAAUGCAGUCACUUUAGGAAAUUUUCUCUGUUUUCUUGAUCUGGGGUGGUUUGUUUUCUUGAUAACAUACUUAAUCAAGGUAGAUUUUUUACACCAAUUUUGAAUUGUUUAUGAUGUGGAGAUUCAAACCUUUUAUGCCCAAGGAACAGGCUGGGCUUGAAGGUCGCACCAUUGAUAUUGGCAGUCUCAAGGUUCAUGUACGCAAUGCAAUUGCAGAGGGCGGAUUUUCUUGUGUUUAUUUAGCCCGAGAUGUACUACAUGGUUCAAAGCAGUAUGCAUUAAAGCAUAUUAUUGUUAAUGAUGAAGAAUCACUUGAUCUAGUACUGAAAGAAAUUUCAGUGAUGAAAUCGCUGAAGGGCCAUCCUAAUAUUGUCACACUAAAUGCGCAUACCUUCUUGGAUAUGGGUCGUACAAAGGAAGCUCUCCUUGUUAUGGAAUAUUGUGAGAAAUCCUUGGUCAGUGUCCUUGAGAACCGAGGAGCUGGCUUCUUUGAGGAGAAACAAGUCCUCUUAAUAUUCAGGGAUGUAUGCAAUGCUGUCUUUGCUAUGCACUGCCAGUCCCCACCCAUAGCUCACAGAGAUUUAAAGGCUGAGAACCUUUUGCUGGGUGCUGAUGGAUUAUGGAAGUUGUGUGAUUUUGGCAGUACUUCAACGAACCACAAGCGUUUUGAGAAACCUGAGGAAAUGGGAAUUGAGGAGGACAAUAUAAGGAAACACACUACACCUGCAUACAGAGCUCCUGAGAUGUGGGAUUUGUAUCGAAGAGAAAUUAUAAAUGAGAAGGUAGACAUAUGGGCCCUUGGCUGUCUACUCUUUCGGAUAUGCUACCUCAAGUCUGCAUUUGAUGGUGAAUCAAAACUUCAAGUUUUAAAUGGCAAUUACCGGAUUCCAGAAUUACCAAAAUAUAGCACUUCCAUUGUAGACCUAAUAAGAGAUAUGCUUCAGUCUUCACCAGAUGCCAGACCAGAUAUCACGCAGGUAUGGUUCCGUGUUAAUGGUAUGUUGCCGGAUGAGCUUCAGAAGUCGUUACCCAACAGACCCCCUGAAAUGAAGCAACAGGGUAUUGAUGGACAGGAAGGAUUUCCAAGAGCUGCAGGUAAGACUAGUCCAAUGCCUCGCAAAAAUCCUCCACCACCUCCUUUGGCUGCAGAAUCUAAUCAGAAUGUGUCUCCUGCAUCACAUAAUUCAAAAGCUGGUGGAGCUACUGGUCCAAUCGGUGCAUUUUGGAAUAGUCAGCAUGCAGCAACUGCUUCUGGUUCAGAGGAAACAUCCAGACCCAAAUUUGACGAAGAGAAUAGGCACAAUUCUUCAAACCAUGAUAAGAGUCAUCCCAAUAAGGUUCCAGCCUCUUAUAAAACUAGCCCCUCAAAAGAGGAAAGUCUUAGUUCCCAUCCAAUGCAAAAUAAUGUGCGAGCAAAACCAGCUAAUAGAGCAGGGGAAGCCUCAUCAAAGGAUUUUGAAAUAAACUUUUUCCAGGAUGAUUCAUGUCAGAGUGUUGGGAGUAAUAAAUCUUCAAAGUUAGAGGGGUCAACUGUCACCCAGGGUGAAGCAUUCAAUGCUUUUGUUACAGAAUUCUCUACCAAUAAACCAAGCCCUGGAAAUAACACGAAACAACCAGAGAAGAAAGAGCUCUUGGAAGCAGAGGUUGAGAAGCUGAAGGAACAACUGUCACGCGCCAACAUGGAGAAGGCUGAAAUAAAAUCAAAAUUUGAAAAGCUAUCUGCAAUAUGCCGGUCACAGCGACAAGAGAUACAAGAGCUUAAACAAGCUCUUGCUGUCAGUACUCCAUCACCAAAUCGAGACACCGCGAGGGAUCAAGCUUCUCCUGGAAGUCAACCAUCCAGUAUUCCACCACCGAGAAAAGAUAACGUUGAAGGAACAGUAUGGGAACUUGAGCAAGGAUUAUUUGGUGGGAGUCAAGUGAGCCCAGAUUCAAAGCCCUGGCAAGCAUUUGCUGAUGAUGAUCCAAAGCAAGUUAAUGCUAAUCCUAGAUCAGUCAGGACAAAAAAUGGCCACCAGAACAGACAGACAUCUGAAACAAAUACAUCAGGAUUUGGAACAGAUAGCUUUAGGGCUGUGCCAGCUUCCAGCUCUCAGAUAAAGGCUACUACUUUCAACGAGUCCAAAAAUUAUCAGCAUUUUGGUGAACCAAAGAAUGUAAAUAGCAAAUCAGCUUCCCAACCUGCUGGAUGGGCAGGUUUCUAGAAGAUGAUAUAACUAAAACUUAGACCGGCAAGGUAGUCAGUUUAAUGAUUUCCUUUACAAGAUCCUCUUCCUAUUAUAGAAGAAUGUGUUUCGGGAAGAAUGAAUACGAGAUACUGAGUUGAGGGGAUGUAAAACAAACACUGGUCCGAUUGUUUUGCUCUGUUGAUUGUUUGUGUAGAUUUUGAACCUAUUAUCAUAUUCAUUAGCUUAUUUGUUAUCCUCAUUUGAUUAUUAUAAAUUAUUUUGCUGUGUUGCUCA